AUGCGUUUUCUUACAUCGUUGGCACUAGUUGGUCUAUCGACCCAACCAGUCUGGGCAUCCAACGAUAGAGCUACACUAGACAUCCCACCGUAUGUCUUGGAAUAUGCACCCUUGGUCUGGCUUCAUAGUCAGGAAACAUACAUGCCGAGCGAUAUCCAGCAACAGCUCGAUCAUACCAGACCGAAUGUCAACUGGACAGCCAUCGAGGGAGUACAGUCACCACUCAACCUCAAUAACCUUGAUACGCUCAAUUCUAUGGGUAAUACAAGCGUCUACUUAACCUCUCUAGAGGGUAUCGAAGCCGAUCCAGAGCCAACUUGGUUCCGGGGUAUCAAACCGGACUCACAGGGACGAACGGGUGAUGGUACAGGGAGUGUCAUCAUUACCACAGACCGUGGCAACGGAACCAUUGAUGCAUUUUACUUUUACUUUUACGCAUACAACAAAGGCAGCAAGGUACUAGGCAUGGAAUUCGGUGACCAUAUCGGAGACUGGGAACAUAACAUGAUCCGCUUCGUCAACGGCGAACCUAAAGAAAUAUGGUACAGCCAGCAUGCCAGCGGGCAGGCAUUCACCUACGCCGCCGUCGAAAAGAAGGAUAAGCGGCCGUAUGUCUACUCCGCGAGAGGCACGCAUGCAAACUACGCAAUUGCAGGAACCCACGACCACGCUAUCCCGGGCUUCAACCUCCCUGCAGGGUUUCUAAUGGACUAUACAGAUCGCGGCAUACUGUGGGAUCCCGUGCUCAACGCCUAUACUUAUACCUACGAUAAAACAACCGCUGCGUUCGAGGCUGUGAACUCUGAAGAUCCGGUGGUUUGGUUGGAUUUCAAUGGGAAAUGGGGUGAUGACCAGCCGCCCAAUGAGCCUGAAAUAUUUGGCGAGGCUAAAAAUGUUGGUGGUCCUAAUGGUCCUAAGUUCAAGGGAUUGGAUAGACAGAAGGUGUGUCCUUCCAAGUCGUGUUUUGUGCUUCCGAUUAGGACUUUUUCUGUGAAGGCUUCGUGA